AAAGAACCUCUCCUCCGGUUUCAUGCGAGCAAUUAAGAUACACAUGUUAAAUUACCGUUCCCGCAGUUAUUAAAAAAAAAAAAAAAUUAUGAAGUGUCCAAUCCGAGAGGUCCUGUGUCCAACAGACCGUUGAGGAAACUGCAAGGCCAUCUCGGAUCUUCACGCAAGGAAGAUUUUCCUCGCGAGUCGCCCAAUCGUUUCGUCGAAGGUUUUCAUUUGGGGGAACCGGCGGUUUCGCCUGGUCCGCCCGGUUGUUGUGUCUUGGAGAUGAGAAAAAAAAUGUGUUAAAACCCCACUAUGGGAUUUAUGAAUAUAAAAGUUAUUUCUUCGAUUUUUUAGGCGUCAGUAGGGUUUUGGACGCGUUUUUCGAGCCAGUGCACCUUUGGAUGUGCUCAUGUUUGUUAGUAUGUGCUUUGAAAAAAAAGUUAUAUGGUUAUUGUUAGUAAUAAAACUUGCGGAAGACACAAAAGCUGCUGACGAUGAUUAUAACAUUCUGCGAACGGACGGUUCCUUCGAUUUCGGUUACGAUAACCCGGAUAGUUACCAUUACGCUCAAGCUAACAGGAAUAACGUAGUUAGAGGCGAAUUCGGCGGUAGAAAUCCAAAAACAGGAGCUAUAGAUACAACGCACUACACAGCUGGUCCCAGGGGUUACAGACCAAGAGGAAAAAACGUUGUCAGAAAAUACGAUCUCAGCCAAAACGGUCCAAGAGCUGUGGGUUCCCGAGACGAUCCUUACUACGAUCCCUACGAAGAUCCCAGUUACAGUUUUUCCUUCAGAACUCGAACCUACAACAGAGACGAAAAUGCCAACAGAGUCGGCGAUGUUAAUGGGAGAUAUUCGUACAUCGACGAUGUAGGCGAAAGACACAACGUCGAAUUCAUCGCCGGUAAAAAAACGGGAUUCCACGUGAAAACCCCAUUUCCCGAUUCGAAUCCGAGAGGAUACGGCCCGCUCUAUUACCGAGGACGCGGAAAACCCAUACCUAGAGGUCGAACGUCCAUCCAAAGAGGCCUCGACGGAAGCUACAAAUUUGUAUCGGCCGGUCCGGACCAAAGACGAACCGAAACCAGCGAUUCCACCGGCCACGUGAGAGGCUCCUACACCUAUCUGGACGACAAGGGAGUCCAACAUUCGGUGCAUUACAUAGCAGGACCCGAAACCGGCUACAGGGUGUUGAAGAACGUCAAAGGACCUCACCUGCCGACGGUUUUUCCCUUCCGCUAUCCCGACAUCGUCCCUCCCGAUUUCAACGACAUACCGGAGAUCUUCAGCACGGCUGCCAGCGGUCACCGGAAACCGGGAUUCGACGAUGAAGAUAAUGGAAUCGGCGAUUUCGGUGGGACAUCGUCGACGAAUCGACCCGGUGGAAGGCGACCCCGACCGCCUAUACCCACCCCCAAAUAUCCUUCGGAUGGAAACGAAGCCGACGAUGAAGACGACACCGAUUUCGACGAUCUCUUCGGCUACACGGGAAGCAGAAAGAAUAAACCUGGAAUCAGCAAACCCAAAUCGGACGAAGACUCUUUCGGAGCGUCCAAAGAGGACUCCUUCGAAUCCCCGAAACAAACUACCGCCUCCAAAGAAGAGGAUUCGUACAAACCAUCCACUAACGGGUUGUACAUCCCGCCAGCGGGGAAAAAACUCGCGUCAUCAGACGAAGACUACAGCGCCGGAUCGAAACCGCCGGAAUCCUCGGAAGGGUUCAAUCGAAGGAACAAAUUCGAGGACUCCCCCAAAGACGAGGACUUCGGUGGGUUGUUCGGCAGCGAGAGCAAGGCUCGGCCGCCUUCGAGAGGCGGUUCGAGGCCGGUGAUUAGCAUCGGCGAUGCGAAGAAGAGUUGCCGGAAGUGCGAGGGAGCCAUAGUGACCAAUGUGGGAGAGACGGAGCUGAAGGUUCCUCCGGGGGUGUCGGUGCGAGCCCACGUGCAGGCCAUCGAUUUGCUGCCCUACAGCUCGAGAUUUCCCAAGCCCAGCGAUCAGUACAAGGCCGAGAUUGGGGUCGAUACGGAGCAGCUGAACGCCGAGAAAGACGAAAUUGUUCGCUUGAACGAUAGGAAAGGUGAUGGUAAUGAUGAGGAAGUUGAAACCGAGAAGCCGACGGUGAAUAAAUCUGAUGAAUCGGAGACGGAAAGGGCUGGAACUAAAGUAGAAAGUAGCAGUAAAAAACGAAAUGAAGAUAUUGAUGUAUUUGGGAAAGAUGAUGAACAUGCCAAUGAGGAUGAUAAUGAGGCGACUGUGAAGACUACAGAGAUUGUACCGACCACUUUUUCGCCAAAAAAAAUUGCUAAUAAAAAUUAAUUUUUACGUUUUUCUUUGAUUAGGUACAAAUAUUACUAUCCAUAAGAAUAAUGAUAAAUCCAUAUUUUACACUAUAGUAUUUUAUUUUAUUAACUGACUGACAUUUAUUGUUUCUCAUAAUAUUUCGCUUUAUUUAUAUUUUUACCAUAGUAACGAGCAUUGCAAAAAUAAACGCUAUGUCGUCGAUUCGUUCACCACCAUAAAAUUUUGAUGGUGCAUUAAAAGAGUUUAUUUCAUGUUGAGCUUUUUAUAGCCGUUAUUUUUAAACAAAUAAAACAAAUAACACUCACAUUUUGAAUUUUUAUUUGCUGCAAUAAUCCGAGCAAUCCCCGAUAUCAUUUACCCAAUCCCAGCACACCCUCCUCCCUGUCAAGCAAACAAUCUUACAAGAACCUCACAUGAGGAUAAUGAUAAGCGUAGUAAGGAUAAUAAUAGUACGAAGGAUAUUCGAACAGCUGGACUUCGGGGUUAGGAAUCAACUUGUAGCCGGGAUAAGUCGGAAUGUAAAGUUGCUCGGAGGGUUUCUCCCAAUGUUGUCCGCCGCUCGUCUCUAAUUUCACUUUAUUUUGAUCGAUUCCCGAUCGUUCCUCUUCGGUCUUGAGCUUCUCCGUCGAUUGCAAUUGCAAUUGCAACUGCAAUUUGUCGCCGAUCAGAUCCUUGUCCGGUAUGGAAUCCUUCUCGAUCUUCAGCAACUUGUUCUCCAGCAGUGGGAUCACCGGGAUGGGCGCCAAAGGUAUGGCCUUGUUCUCGUGAAUGGUGUAGGCGUAUUCGCCUCCAUUGGACUUGACUUGAACGGUCGAUUUCG